UACAGUUUUAAAUAUCGGCUUUAUGCAGAUGACAAGCAGCUGUUCUGCUAUAUUAUCCAAACUAAGAAGGUUGAAACUAAGGAUGUGGUGCUGUCUCUCCAUUGACAGCACACACAUUUAAGCAAUAGAAAACCUGUUCAAAGGAAAACUUAAAAGAAAUCUCAAAUAUUGAUACUGCACAAAUAUCAGUCAGUGAAAGACUUCCACUAAACAUUUGUCUGACCUAAAACUUAAAUACCUAUUUUUAGAGUUUCUGUCAAUAAAUACCGAAAUGGGGUGAUUUUGAGGGGCUCGCUUACCGUCCUCAGUUCAAGAGGCUCAGCUGGCCACCAAAACAACGCUACUGCUUGGUUGUUUAUUAGGAAUUACAGAAAUGCCAAAAACAGCUCAGUGGUAUUUCCUGGAGAAUAUCUUACAGUAAGAAUAUUUUAUGAUUUUCUUUCACCUGAUGCUAGCUUAAAAACACUUCUCAGUUCUCCUUAGGGUGAAAAACACUGAGUUUCUUUAAAACUAGACUCAAAAAUCUGCCUGCUUAGAGUUGUUGUUGAAACAUAAUCAAUGAGACAUUAAUCAACAAUCUGAUGUGUAACGAUGGCACUUGACAAAAUGUAACGCUUCAAUUCUUCUAUGGCUGUAGUUUUGUGUUUUUACGAUGUAAAGCACUUUGAAAUGCCUGAAAUGUGCUGCAUAAAUAAAAUGUGAUUGAAUGACUUAUUCACUCAUUGAUUGAAAAAGAUACUUAAAAUACUUUGUUGUUUGGCACUUCUGUGCCCACUUUCAAAUAACACCCUGGGCAACUACCCUAGUGGUCAAUUUCCUUCCGAUAGGUUGUAAUUUUUAUGCCUAUUAAAAUAUUUUUUUGGUCGGUCCAGCCAGAUAAUAUACUGAAACAAAGAAAUUCAUAGGAAAUGCUGAGUGUUCAGCCUCUUUACAGUCAUGAAGACAUCUGCGUCCUCCCAGAACUUAAGUCUGACACAUUAGCGUUUUGGUAAGGGUCAGUUAAGGAGUUAAUCUCAUCAGAAGGGAAGUUUAUGCUUGAAAAGGUUUCUGUAUGAGGAUAUUAGCCUGACAUUUACUGGUAAUCUGUAAGAGAGAUCCCUUUUUUUUUCUGGAAAACAAACGCAAAAGAACAUAAUCAGCUUUUUUCAUCCCCAGGAAGCCUGCAAAAGAUUUGUUUUGGGGAGCCUUUCAUGGAUUAUGUAGGCGUAACAAGAGUAUAAAUACACUCAGUUGUUGAUCUCAUCUGCUUUCGUUAAGACGUCUCAGUCCUAUGAUAGAUAUUCAUGUAAAAAAAUUACUGAAUUUCACCACAUUACCCUAACUACACCAAGGUGAGUAAGCUGAUCAUCUGAAAUCUCAAAGAGGAGCCAUGAGUAUUUAUUGAAGCCUGACAUUUAUUCAUGUUCAGGUCCUGGAGUGAAUCUUGAGAUCCAAAUAGCCAAGGGCAAAUCAUCCCAGUGGAAAGACAUAAUUUUCCUCCCACUGAGUGGUCUCCCACUGGAGCAGCUGGCCAAAUCUUGGACAAAGUCCUUUAGAGAGCCCCCUCAGUUCCAACAGGAUGACGCUUCUCGACUACCCAGUUCCAGAGUUGGAGGCCACCCUGCAAGAAGUGAGCCGUGUUCUGCAGCUCACGCUAAGUCCAGAUCUUUACCUUGAGUUCAAAAGCACCCUAGAACAGCAGAGGAAUGCCCUGGAAGAGGCCCAGGGGAAAUUAGAGGCCAUUGCAGCAGGACAAGAGAACUGGGUGACUGAGCAGUUCAAGAGGGGUUUGCUUUCUUGUGCUGACCCCCUGCCUACUUCAACGGCCCUCCCAGUUGUUCUUCUUCCAUCUAAAGUUAAGGGAUGCUCUCAGCUUGGGAGAGCAGCUGCUCUGCUCUGGGCAGCGGCAAAGUUAUACAGUGAGCCCCUCCUACUGGAGGGCGAUGUUCCUAUGGAACGCACUCAGCAGUCUGAAGUGUUCGCCGCCAGCCGUAUCCCUGGCAAGAGCCAAGAUGAAAUUAAGGUCUAUCCAGAUAGUCUCCAUGCCAUCAUCACCUGUGCCAGUGGAGCAUUCCCCGUUGACAUGCUCUGGCGUCCCAGCACCGGUGGACCAGUUUCUGUACGGUCCUUUGCGGACAUCUAUAAGCAACUGGCCCAGGUGAUGGAUCUGCCCAAAGCUGGGAAACAGAAAGAUCCCUCUGUCAUCUGCAGCCUCUCAACUAUGGAGCGCAAGUCCUGGGCUUCCCUCAGGGAAGAGAUUCUCAAACAAGGAGGUGAUGUGCAAAAAUCACUCGAGCUCAUGGAGAGCGCCAUCCUUACACUGUGUCUGGAAGAUAGUGACGCCCCCUCUGAAAUGGCUGACGUCCUCAAUGCAGUGAGGCUGGGAGGAGGAGGAGACACUCCAUGUCUGAGACAUUAUGACAAGGUCCUGAACCUUGUUGUGUUCAAAGACAGCUCGGCUGGGAUGGUGUUCGAGCACAGCGCUGUGGAUGGAAUGGUAGCUUCUCUUGUGACUGAACGUAUAUACCAUCUGUCUGAGACUGUUGAUUUAAACCUUGUCAAUAAUGACUUAGAAAAGAUGACCAAGCCUGAGACGAUAAACACUGUUCAUUCUGCAUGUCCAAAAGCCCUUGAGUUCCCCUUUGAAGGGAACCUCCAGCAGAACCCUGUAUUGACAACAGACAAUCUAGUUCUCACUUUUGAUCUACCCUCAUAUCCUGAUGUGUUUUCUACUUUUAGAGGGCUGAGGGGCUUGUAUGAUGCUUGGGUCAACUUCUCUUUGCAGCUCUCCCUUUGGCAGACUCUUGGGGAGUCUGCUGCCAAACAUAUGCUUGUCACACCGACACAUAUGCGGCACUACAAACAUGGUCGUUGUGAUCCCACGUACUCUCUCACAAUGCAUUCCAGGAAGUUAGUUAAUACCGUGAGAUCCCGCAUUCGUCCUGAUAACACCAUCCACUACACUAACAACUUACUGCAGCUAUUCCAUGUUGCUUUUUUAGAGCACAAGAACCUUAUCAGAAGCACCAAAACUGGACAAGGUGUUGGUCCACACCUGGCCGCUCUGCGCCGGUCUUUACCAUCUGACAAUCCAUUAAGGAAAUUCCUGGAUCCCUUUGGUUGUCCAUCUGUAUACCUCACAGGUUCUGACACGAUGGAAGGUGUGGAGUGUGGAGUAGGGAAUGCUUAUGCACAAGACCAACUUGCUGUAACCUACCUUGGGAAGAAAGAUAAGGUGCGACUUGUGCUGAACGGAAAGGGGGUAUUUGCUGUUGCUCUGAAGAAGCUUCAAGAAAACUUCAAGAUGAGCUUGAAGUUGUUGAUGCUUUUAGCUAUUAGGUAUGCCAUCACAAGCCAAAUGGGGGCACUAGAUUGCCUGUUCAAACAGCAAAACACAGAUCAGAUGCUUCAAUGCCAAGAGAAUGUAGAGAAGGGCAAAGGUGCUAUUGACCCUGUAUCUGGCAUGAGCUCUGACUACAUCCUUGUGAUUCAUGGUGGUGCUGGAGAGGAGAGUAUGCUGAACAGCAAAGUGACAGAGAUGAUUGAGUUUGCACUGCAAACAGCUUUGACCCUUGGGGCCCAAAUUCUUGAACAAGGUGGCAGUAGUUUGGAUGCUGUUCAGAGGUCUGUGGAAGCUUUGGAAGACUGCUUUCUGUUUAAUGCAGGUAGAGGUUCAGUUUUCAACAAAGAUGGCAAAAAUGAAUUGGAAGCAACCAUUGUAGAUGGAAGUCGAAUGAGAUCAGGAUCUGUUGCUUGUGUGAAAAGUGUAAAAAACCCUAUCAAAGCAGCCAGAUGUGUAAUGGAGAAGAGCUCACAUGCACUGAUGGUUGGUGAAGGAGCUGAAGAGUUUCUGCAAGGGCUGAAGGACAAAGAGAAGCCAGCUGGGCCAGAGUAUUUUUACACUGAUAUACGUCACAAAGAGUUACUCGCAAAAGUCAGUGGUGGAAAGACCUCAAAAAACAACCACCCUCAGACAGUUGGAGCGGUGGCCUUGGAUCGUUGGAACACAUUGGCAGCUGCUACCUCGACAGGUGGGUUGGUCGGAAAACUAAAAGGGCGAGUAGGGGAUACUGCAGUAGUAGGAGCAGGGAUUUAUGCAGAUGACAAGGUAGCAAUUACCUGUUCUGGAGAUGGAGAUGUCUUUUUAAGGAGCAGUGUGGCAGAGAAAAUAGCCAGUCUAUACCACAACAAAGGCUAUAGCCUUAGAAAGGCCUGCAGAGAAGUGAUAGCCCAAAAUCUGAAAGAUGUGUGUGCUGGUGUCAUUGCUGUGGACAAAAAAGGUGACGCUGUCAUUGAAACAAAUGCUGGUGUGAUGUUUGUGGCCUCAAUGACUGGUGGCAUUCCCAGGGUAGAAGUUCUCAAGCCAAUGAAGAACUACAUCAAUGUGAUCUGGGAAACAGAAGAGCUGGUUGCUUACCUGAACCCAAACCCUUGGACUCCUGGGUCAACCAUUCUGACUAGAAAAACUCUGAGUGGGCCUAACAGUAUCUUUCAGUUGCCCACACCUGAUUUUGUAACUAUGCUACAAGGCGCAAAAACAGUAUCAAACUUGCUCUGUGAGCGACUGGGAGUACAACGUUGUGCCUUGAUUUUUAAUCCAACCCCUGAUAAACCAGCACAAAUUAGAUUAUUGCCACUCUAUGGGUUAGAACCAAAGUGGCAACCUCAUCUUGCCGAAGAAGAGGAGUUCCACAGUCAUGACACAGGCUUCUGUAACUCAAAAAGUGGCCCACGCUGGGAUGAUGAGGCAAUGACUCAAGUUCAAGCCAAAAUCAGAAAUGCACUGCCUACACCUAAUGCACCAUUUUGCUUUGACUACUUUGGUGACCCUUCCAAUGAUAACUUGUUUAGCCGGAUUGUGAGGGGAGAACAGCAACAAUGGAGAGUGUGGGAAGACAGUGAGCAUGUUGCUUUUCUUACACCGUACCCAAAUAGACCUGGUCUCACUGUUCUGGUACCACGCAGGCCCCUGUCCAGUGACAUUUUUAGUCUAGGAGAUUCAGACUACAAAGCUCUGAUCUUGGCCACAUAUAAAGUUGCUCAACUGCUGCAGGAAGGAAUGAAGGCUUCAGGUGUUGCACUGAUCUUUGAAGGGUUUGAGAUCGACCAUGCUCAUGUCAAACUGGUGCCACUGCUACCUUCACCAGAUGGGACAAAAGCUGUCAAGCUACAACCAGAAUUUUUCCAAACCUACCCUGGAUUUGUGUCAUCCUUGGAUGGCCCAGCAGCUGAUGCUGAGUCUCUCAAAAACACACACUCGAAAAUCACCCAGUGCAGACCUCCUAAUUCAUGGAAAGAUCCUCAACUUCACUCCACACUGGCCAUGAAAAGCCAGUGGUAUCGCAACCUGUUUCAAAUUCAAAACACCCUGUUCCACAGCACAGUGGAAUAUUUCCACAAUUCCUGCCAGUACUCUUAUGCUCUGACCCCUCUCACCACAGACACCAUAUCUUCACCAAUGGGCCUGGGGUCCGACUCAGAACCAGUGUCUGUAAGUCUGCUUGGUCAAGAUGUGUACCUGGCUGACUCAAUGCAGUUUGUUCUUGAAUACUUCCUUCGCUUUCAGGAGAACCUACCCGGAACCUACUACAUAUCUCCAAGCUUUAGAGGGGAAGAUCCAGACACCACACACUUGAAUCAGUUCUACCAUGUCGAGUGUGAAUUGUUAGGGGACAUGGACAAUGCCAUUUCCAUUGCAGAGGGAUAUUUGGUCCACCUGACCAAGUCUAUGUUAAAAAAUCACUCUGACAUAAUCCAGAGCUCUGCUGGAACCUUAGCACACGUGACAGAAAUUCUGCGCAAAAUGGAAGGAAAAACAGCUCUGCCAAGAAUCCCCCUGGCUCAAGCCAUUUCCAUGAUGCCCUCUCCAGACUGCUUAGAGUGGGUGCAAGAUGGCCAACCCCUCUUUGGCAGAAAGCUAACUCGCAAAGGAGAGCACGUUUUAAUAGAGAAAUUUGGUGGUGCUGUAUGGCUAACUGAGAUGGACCACCUGGGAGUUCCCUUCUACCAGGCGUACGUAGAGGGGACAGGACGGUCCAAAGCCAAAGCAGCAGACCUUUUGCUGGGGCUGGGUGAAACUGUUGGUCUUGGUGAACGCCACCCCACCCCUGAGAUGGUACGAGAAGCCCUCAAGCACCAUGCAGUAUCAGAAGAGUCCUACAAAUGGUACAUUAGCAUGCGCAAAGUGAAACCUCUUCUCACCAGUGGAUGGGGCAUGGGGACAGAGCGCUAUGUGUGUUGGCUGCUUCAGCAUGAUGACGUUAGAGAUCUGCAUAUCAUACCAAGAAUGAAAGGAAUAAAGUACAUGCCCUGAUCAUACAAUUACUGCAGACAAUCAGGCCAACAGAUGUAAUAUAUUUGUGGUAACUGGUCCAAACUACAGUAUACACUGUAGAUUCAAUAACUUGCAAAUACAUCAGGGAUGCAUCAUUUGUAACUUAGAUCCAAAUUUCUAUUCUUCAGCUUUUAAACAUGCUCUGUAGCCUUUUAUCCUGAUUAUUGAAGCUUGCAAUUUUUUUUAGAACUCAAUAAUACACUGGAUACAACUUUUAUAAUGUAGUGAAGUUACACCAGAUWGAGUUGUUUUUUUUAUCUUUAAAGUCUCAAAACACAAAUUUACUCAUUAUCUGCUUUCAUCGUAUUAUGUUAGGACAGAUAACACAAAACAAAGUAACAGUUUUCAAAAUCAAAGACAUAUGAACAAUUUUUGUUUUAGCAAUAUUGAUGUCUGUCAUGUAAACCCAUGUAAACCGGUUUCAUAUUUAUGUUUUUCUUUUCUGCAGCUUGCAUUUUUAUGCAAAUGAUUGUUAUAUGAAUCAUGUAUCAUUGUAGUAAAGAUAUAUUUGUCAGCAAUCUGAAUAACUUGGAGAUAUGUUUUGACAUUUUCUGAAAAAAAAGACAGUACAUUUUGUUUUGAAAUCUUUUUCUACUAGCUUUCACCACUGUAAAAUGUAUUUGUUUCAUGGUGGAAUAAAAUCUUUGCCUUUGCAACAGU